AUGUCGAUGCUCUCGCGAGUUUUCUUCCCCUAUUAUGAGACGUUGAUAAUUGGUCGCUUUUUGUGGGGCACUGCCAACGGUAUGGCGAUUGUGGUGCAGACGGUUUGGAUUGUCGAGAGUGCGCCGACGGAUCAACGUGGCAAAGUGAACUCGUGGCAGGAGGUUAUCGCCACAUGCGGUAAUUUUUUUACCGCCUCAUUUGGUUUUCCUUUUGCCAGUCUG